CACUAUUACCCCGCCCCGCUAACUCAAUCUUUGCGUUCAUUUCAUUCCUGUUCCCAUUCCUGCUCUCAUUCCGCGCAUAUUUCGCAUCCCUGAAGAUACGAAGCCACUUUACACAUCCGGACCGCCCGAUCUAGCAAAAACAAAACCUGUAGGAGUUAGCCAAGAUCCUCCUGAUGCUGUAUCAACAUUAAUUCGCGGAGAAAGAGGGUGACAUAUAUUAUUAAGGAGACGUUUGAAUUAAGGUUUGCAUUUCGCUCUGACCAGAGGGGGGAAACAUUGGCUCACAUCAAUCAGAAGUCCAUUGGCCAGCGAUCACUGGUUAUUGUUUGCCCCCAAAAGUUGUGUGCCCUAGCGUACCAUUUUUUUUUGCUUUGUCGGACACUAAGAAUAACCAGCAUAACAAAACAGCCUCUGUCCCCGGCCUUCACCCGCCCCAGUCCGCAGCACCGACGCCGUUUGGCAUCGCCAGUGCGUUUGGGCAGCGGUAGACAUUGGCCGGGUUUUGUAAGGCAGCGACCAUGGACCGCGGCAGCUGGAGUGGCAGCGAGAGUCCCGGGGAGGACAUGGACGGCCUCAGCGACUCCGGGGGAGACAAGACCAUGGACGGGGACCCCGAGGGGGUCUGGAGCCCAGACAUCGAGCAGAGCUUCCAGGAGGCCCUGGCCAUCUACCCCCCCUGUGGAAGGAGGAAGAUUAUACUGUCUGACGAGGGGAAGAUGUAUGGUCGUAAUGAACUCAUAGCAAGAUAUAUCAAACUCAGAACAGGCAAGACGCGGACCCGAAAGCAGGUGUCCAGCCACAUCCAGGUCCUCGCUCGCAGGAAAUCCAGGGAGUUUCACUCCAAGCUAAAGGACCACAGUGCUAAAGAGAAGGCUCUGCAGAGCAUCUCCGCCAUGUCCUCGGCCCAGAUCGUCUCGGCCACAGCCAUACACAGCAAACUGCUGCCCGGCAUCGUCAGGGCCAGCUUCCCUAGCAACGCACAGCUUUGGCAGGGCAUGAUUCCUGGAGGCCAGUCCAGCUCUACCACUGAAGACGUUAAGCCGUACUCUCAGCAAGCCUACCCGGUGCAGACAGCAGGGACCACCACCAUCUCAGGCUACGAGCCCACGGGGGCCGCCCAGACCCACCGGGAGCCCGCCUGGCAGGGCCGCUCCAUCGGCACCACCAAGCUGCGGCUGGUGGAGAUCUCCUCCUUCCUGGAGACGCAGAGGGAGCAGGAGGCGCCGUACAACAAGCACCUGUUUGUGCACAUCGGCCAGACCAGCCCCCGGUACAGCGACCCCAUGCUGGAGUACGUGGACAUCAGGCAGAUCUACGACAAGUUCCCCGAGAAGAAGGGGGGCCUGAAGGAGCUCUUCGCCAAGGGGCCGCAGGAAGCCUUCUACCUCAUCAAGUUCUGGGCGGACCUGAGCUACAACGUGCAGGAGGACCCCACGGCGUUCUACGGCGUCACCAGCCAGUACGAGAGCUCCGAGAACAUGACCAUCACCUGCUCCACCAAGGUGUGCUCCUUCGGGAAGCAGGUCGUGGAGAAGGUUGAGACUGAGUACGCAAGAUUCGAAAACGGCCGCUUCGUCUACAGGAUCAACCGAUCCCCGAUGUGUGAAUACAUGAUUAACUUUAUACACAAACUCAAACAUCUGCCCGAAAAAUACAUGAUGAACAGUGUGCUGGAGAACUUCACUAUUCUACUGGUGGUCAGCAACAGGGACACGCAGGAGACGCUGCUGUGCAUGGCGUGCGUCUUUGAGGUCUCCAACAACGAGCACGGGGCCCAGCACCACAUCUACCGCCUCAUCAAGGAAUAACCCGCCGUCCUCGGGGACCACCUCCGCCGGGACACCCGGCUCUGAGCGGCCGACCCGGAGAUGUGUGUGAGGGAACGCGCGCUUCGUUUUCAAACCACUAACAUGGUCGUCGGUGACUUCUCAGACGCAAGCCGGCUGCGAUUUCCCAACCGCUGCCAUUCCGAAACCCAGACGACCCAGCAGUCCACCUUUGACCGCAUUGACGACAGAACUCUAAGGCUGUAGUUUACCGAUUACCCGAGACACGGCAGGGUGAGCCUGCCGGACGCUAUGCCACUUUUUAAGAAGGUUUCCUGACGCAGGGGAUCGUUGUUUGCGAAAGGGGUGCUGGUAACGCAGCCAUAAAUGCUCUACGAUCCAGGUCUGGUUUGUGCUGAUAUUACUUUGUUGGCUUUUUUUUUGCGCUUCAGGGAAUGUGACGUUUCAGGUUUUGUGAAGACACAAGCAACUAGCCAUACGUGGCUAGUGUCGAUCCCAGUGGGCUGGCCUUAUCUCCGUCACAGUCGUUACUCCAUCCACUGCAACUUGUCUGCUAAGGGGAUGGCACUUCUGCGUAGGUAAAGACGAACAAGAAAGUCAAACAUGCCCGAGGCCCUCCUCGCUCAAAGUGUAUGGUGUUGUGUGUGUGUGUGUGUGUGUGUGUGUGUGUGUGUGUGUGUGUGUGUGUGUGUGUGUGUGUGUGUGUGUGUGUGUGUGUGUGUUAACUGUGCGGACACUGAAACAAGAUUGAAGAUCAGACCCUAUGUAUCAUUAAUGAAGAGCUGUGGUAGAGAAUAACUUUAUUAACAGAGCUGUGGUGACGACAUUAUUGUUUGUGUAUGGAUAGCGGUGGUGUAUACUUUAAAGUUGUGAGGCACAUUCUUGCACAAAAAGGAUUAUCCCAAAGAAAUACACAACCUUUAUUGUAGCUUUUGCUUACAAAAACAUUCUAACAAGCAAACGUUGACAAUAAUAUAUAUACAAAUAUAUAUAUAAAUGUGUGUAUAAAACCCAUCUAAUUUUGUUACAAAUCUAUAAGAAUGAAUUAUUCCUACUCUUAAUAGCUACGCCCUGUUCUCUUUUGUUACUAGACCGAAAGCUAGUUAACUAAAUAUAAAAACUAUCAACCCCUAUUAAAUGUUACAUCCUAUGGUCACUCCCAUGGAGAAACACUGUGAUACAUGGCAAAAGGAUACAUGCUCGUUGGUAUAAACUGAUUGGAGAAAUUCAAUGCAUUUCCUACACCUGCAAUAAUUAUACAGGCUCCUUAUUUAAAACAAAAUUUCCCCUCAUGGUUUCCCAUAACAUGGCACCAAAGAAAGAAACCAAUAUGUUAAUAAUUCCCAACACACUGGCAGACAGACGAAGGCUUGCGUCACAUUGAUUGUAUCAUGGCAACGUCACCCUCUACAUUCCAUCCUAUUGUACGCCAGGUCACCAUGCCAACAGCUCCCACAUGUUUAGAUCCUAUCAAUAUGGACAGAGAAUGUUUUAAUGGUGCAGUUUAUUAUAAUCAAGACUGUUGAUAUAUGAAAACACUUUGCCUUUAUUAAGAAAAAAAACACAAACGGAGGUUAUACAUACCAUCAAGUGCCUUCUGUUAGGAAACGCUUUUCAGGUGUUGCUGUAUGCUUUUGAAAACGCCUCAACUACAAAUCAACCCUUUAGAUGUUAACAUAAUAUUCAGAAACGUUCUCAGUAAGCUUUGUUCACAUGGAAAUGUUUUCUUUAAUGAUGUUACUGGUUCCACGUCCACCGUGUCCCCAUAGUUAUAGUUAUUGGUAUAUUCAUACCAUGUGGUUGCCAUAGGGUUAAAUAUGUAACUCCCGCCUUAAUACAAUAUUCCUGUGUGUAUAUAUAUGCUAAUUGGAUGCUCUUGCCAACCGUAUAAUGAAAUAUGUAACCUACUUGGAAUAUCUCAAUGCAAUAACAAGACCUCAUGGAGCCAUCCAUCGUGGCUAAUCCCUAGUAAUUGAAGAGAACGCGCUGAGUGCAUGGCACCUUUUAUAGAACCACCAAGCCACAAUAAUAUGACUUUGCCUAGAUUUAAGAUGUUAUAAGAUUGAGGAAAUUCCAUGGUGACAUCAAUUUUUUUCCGAAUUCACAGUUUAAUAUUGCCCGAACAAACACAGUUUAACACCUUUAAACAUUAACAAGACAGGCAGUCUUGUAGGCGCAUAAAGCAUCAUUGCUUUAUGUGCCUACAGAUCCAUAUUGAGAAAAUCUGCACCGGCAUUCCCUCGAAGGGGAAAUCAGUCCUAUUUACAAUGUGAAGUAUUCCUCAUUGUGGCAGCCUGAAUGUGUAAUGGCGGGCAGGUGUCAGAAUUAACACUGAGCAUAUAUUGAUGUCAUCCAGGAGCAUGGAAGCACAGUGAACACUGGAGCUCUGCGUCAUGUACCCGACGUGUGUGUAUUCUGCCCUGGCUCAAAUCGCUGGGCAUAGAUUCCUAUUAAUACUGUUUUGAAGCACCAUGAAUUGGUUGAAAUACAUUAUGUGAUAUACUGUGAAUGGAGAACUAGACGGGGUCUCCAACCAGACAAGUACUGCUUGUCUGGACCGUGUCGCUUUAUCGACCUGUUUAAGGUAGCUCACUGCUUCAAUGGAGUCUGUCUGUCUGCCAUUACAUUACCACUCCACAUUAGAUAAUCACUGAAUAGCGAACACUAAAACGUAACGCAAUGAGCAGCUCUGCGUCGGGAUAUUAAGAACUAUAUAUAAGUUGGUUACAUUCUGUCUGAUCAGCAGAGUCACUUGUAGAGUCUGUAUGUCCACACAACAUGACGGCUAAUGUGCAAAAAAAUGUAAGGCAAACGCGUUUGCCUGGUUUGGUUCAAGUGGAUAAAGCUGUAAUGUGUUGUGUGCUUUUCACAAGGAAAUUAAUCAUUAUCGUCUCUUGUUGUCAAUAACGUCUCGUCCCGUUUCGUCUCGAGUGCUAGUAGGUUGUAACUUUUCAAAACCACCUAUUGCCCAUUAUACAAAUUCUAUCUCUUAACUCCAAUAUGGCCUUGAAAGUACCUUUGCAGGAUAUGUUUUCUAUAAAUUACUUUGUAUAGAGGUGACAAUGUUUGUUACAGAUGUUGUGUAUAUCUUUGAUAUUAUAAUGUUUAUCCAAUUUUGAGAAGAAACAGAGAUGCGUUUAGGAUUGGUCUCUAUUGGUAUUGCACAGGGUCUGAUCUUUGGUUGGUGUAUAUGUUUUUGAUUUUUCUUCUUCAUGGCUAAAAGUAUGAUGUUAGAUAUUUUAUAGCUUUGUAGAAACUUUGUACGCAUAUGCUAUUCAAUUUAAAUAAACAGUCAUCUGUA